AUGCGUUUUCUUGUCAUCGGAGGCAGCGGCCGUACUGGAAAGCUCGUUAUCGACAACAUUCUCAAAAGAGGCCACCAAGUCACUGCAUUGGUACGAAAUCCAAAAUCACUGGGAGAAGAGCUAGGUCUAGACAUCGUGAAAGGAACUCCCCUCAACGCAUCCGACAUCCGAAACGCCUUCAGCCUCGCGGUCCCAGAUGUGGUAAUUGUCACACUGAGUGCCCUCCGAGCUACGGAUAGUCCUUUUGCAGCACCUAUAUCUCCACCGCGCAUGAUGGCAGACAGCAAUGCCAAUGUGGCACAUAUCAUGAAGGAGUUCGGGGUAGGCAAGAUCGUCGUGCUACAAGCCUACGGUGCGGGUGCAUCAUGGGAGAACAUGCCAUGUGCGAUGCGUUUGCUGAUGAGUAAAUCCAAUAUGACAUUCUCCUACGAAGAUCACAACCUUGCAGAGAAGGAGAUCCGGGAUAGUGGUUUGACUUUUGUGCUGGUCAGACCUUCACGUUUGGUGGAGACCGAUGUAAUCGAAGUCAGAGAAUGGCCAAAGGAUGGGAAAGGAGUUGGUUUAAUGGGCUGUGCUAGCCGUAUCAGUGUUGCCAACUUCCUGGUCACUGCAGCGAUGGAGACGAAGUGGGACGGCACUGCCCCUGUGAUUACCAACUGA